AUGUCUGAAUUCAUAGGAUCAAGGAUAUCCUUGGUAUCAAAGAGCGAUAUUAGAUACGUCGGUACGCUUCAUGAGAUUAAUUCGGAAAACGCAACGGUGGCCUUGGAAAAUGUCAAGUCUCAUGGAACAGAAGGACGAAAGGACAACCCCGAAGAGGAGAUUGCAGCUUCGGAUAAUAUUUACGAGUACAUUGUCUUCCGUGGUGGUGAUGUAAAGGAUCUGCGUAUUGAGGAAGCGCCUGCGCCCAGAGAAAGCAUCCCCCCACAGGUGCCCAAUGAUCCUGCGAUUCUUGGAAGCGGAACUCGUCCAGCUCCUACAUCUGCGCCAGGACCCCCUACUCCUCAAAAUCAAAAUCCGCGGGGACCUCCACCGCAAGGACAAAAUGCUCCCCAGCAACAAGGACCACCUCCAGGCAUGGCUUUUGGACAAUAUCCACCUCCUGGAUUUUACCCUCCUCCGCCUGCAGGAUGGGGUAGAGGAGCUCCUCCUGGUCCAGGGUUUCCAGGAAUGUCGCCAUUUGGUGGCCCGCCAGGCUGGUAUCCCCCACCUGGACAUGGAUUUCCUCAACACCCUGGCCAAUUCCCCCCUCCCCCAGGCUAUGGUUUCCCACCACCAGGUCAACACUUCCAACAGCAAAAUCAGCAACAAAAGCCAUCGCCAAUUGGACCUGGUGCGAACAAACAACAAACUCCUACUUCCGCAAACCCAACAGACAAACCAGCAGAUGUUCAAGCUCCUGGUACUGGAAAUAAUGCUGGACCAGCUCCCAAGCAAGCGACACCACCUCCUUCCAAGAAUUCACCAACUGAAGUAGAUGCAAGCGCUACGAAAAAAUCUCAGCCUACGGCUCCUCCCGCAGCUCGAGCUACCCCAAGUGGUCCUAGAAGCGGCGGUCGCGUUCAACCAGCAAUUCCAUUAGCUAGUCCUGCAGUGACCAAAGCUCCAUUACAAAACACCACUACCUCUGCAGUUCCAAAACAGAAUGACACUUCCGCAAGUUUGAGAGAUGCCACACAAGCUGCGACUGCCGCUGUUGCUGCUGCAAUGGCUAAACUCCCUCCAGUUGGAGGUCAACAAACCAAUGGAAGCGCAGUUGAUAACCUAACCAGAAAGGUCAACGAAAUGCGAACAACCGAACCGGUUCGUGCUCCCAGACAACCAGGCACUAAUGGAUUUGCCGCAAGAGGACGAGGACGUGGUGGUCGGGCUCCUGGUCCAGCUAAAGUCGAUGUCCCCGCGGCCGACUUUGAUUUCGAAUCUGCUAAUGCAAAAUUCAAUAAACAAGACCUAGUCAAGGAGGCUAUUGCUGGAUCUCCCCUUGGGGAACAGCCUCCUGCGCCUGAGGCUGAGGUUAAGGAAACCGCACCCAAGGCAUAUAACAAAGCCACAUCAUUUUUCGACAACAUUUCGAGUGAGGCAAAGGACCGUACAGAGGCUGCCGGAAACAGAGCUGGUGGACAUCAAUGGCGAGGCGAAGAACAAAAGAAGAAUGUUGAAACCUUCGGCCAGGGAAGUGUCGAUAAUGGUGGAUAUCGUGGAGGAUAUCGAGGUCGUGGUCGCGGCCGUGGUGGAUACAGAGGAAGAGGUGGUUAUGCCGGUAAUGGACAGCCUACACGUGGCCGUGGUACGGGAUAUCGAGGUCGUGGUGAUUCCCAGACUGUGUCACAAUAA